CGCGGCGCCGCCCUCCUCCUCCUCCACCUCCUCCUCCUCACCUCCUCCCUCCCCGUGUGGUUUGUGGUAUCCCUGGAGGGACAGAAGGUGUCCUCCCGGGUCCAGGCCCUGACAGGCAGCUGGGCGGCCGAGAGCGCGGAUGCUCGCAGGCGUGCGCGCGUGGGAGGCGGCUGCGCUCUUCCCCGAGGCCCCAGCGCGGCCUGAGGAUCCCCGCUCAGCCUGGGCGCUCAGUGGCCGUGGACUGGGCCUUGGGCGCGCGCGAGGUGGCGGCGGCGGCGGCGGCGGCGAGGGGUGGGGGGAACCCCGGGACCCCAGGCCGCGCGAGCCAGCCCCGAGGCGCCUCGCCCACGCUCGCUCCCCUUCCCCUCCCCCGCUCCGCUUCCUUCCUCCGUCCAGCGCGGGCCGGACGCGAACCGGGGGCCAGCCUCGGGGACCGUUCAACUUGGCGGCUCCCGGGCCCGCUGCCCGCGCGCUAGUUGUGAGGCGUGGCCGGGCGAAGGAGGCGCUUGGGGGGCGUGGGGCUCCCCAGCUGGCGGCGGCGGCGGCGGCGAUCGAGAGGGCGCGCGGGACAAUGAGCUGGGCAGCUGCGCGCCGCGGCCGCCCUUAGCUGGCCGAGCGGGCCCACCUGCCGGCAUGAUGGCCCGAAUGGCCGAGCCAGGUGUCCCGCUGCUGUAAGGCCGGAGCGCCCAGAUCGCGGCGCGCCCCGGGGCGCCGGGGACGUUCCUUGAUUAAUUCAUUGAUUUGUGGAGCGCUCUCCCGAGCAGCCGCGAUGGCCAGCACCAGGAGCAUUGAGCUGGAGCAUUUCGAAGAACGGGACAAAAGGCCGCGGCCGGGGUCGCGGAGAGGGGCUCCCAGCGCCUCCGGGGGCAGCGGCAUCUCCGGCCCCAAGGGCAACGGGCUCAUCCCCAGCCCGGCGCACAGUGCUCACUGCAGCUUCUACCGCACGCGGACCUUGCAGGCCCUCAGCUCGGAGAAGAAGGCCAAGAAGGCGCGCUUCUACCGGAAUGGGGACCGCUACUUCAAAGGCCUGGUCUUUGCCAUCUCCAGCGACCGCUUCCGUUCCUUCGAUGCGCUCCUCAUGGAGCUCACCCGCUCGCUGUCAGACAAUGUGAACCUGCCCCAGGGCGUCCGCACAAUCUACACCAUCGACGGCAGCCGGAAGGUCACCAGCCUGGACGAGCUGCUGGAAGGUGAGAGUUACGUGUGUGCCUCCAAUGAACCAUUUCGUAAAGUUGAUUACACCAAAAACGUUAAUCCGAACUGGUCUGUGAACAUCAAGGGUGGUACCACCCGAGCCUUGGCCGUGGCCUCUGUGAAAAGUGAGGUGAAAGAAAGCAAGGAUUUCAUCAAACCCAAGUUAGUGACUGUGAUUCGAAGUGGAGUGAAGCCUAGGAAGGCUGUGCGGAUCCUUCUGAAUAAAAAGACUGCCCAUUCCUUUGAGCAGGUCCUAACGGAUAUCACCGAAGCCAUUAAACUAGACUCGGGCGUGGUCAAGAGGCUGUGCACCCUGGAUGGAAAGCAGGUUACUUGUCUGCAAGACUUUUUUGGUGAUGAUGAUGUUUUUAUUGCAUGUGGACCUGAAAAAUAUCGUUAUGCUCAAGAUGACUUUGUCCUGGAUCAUAGCGAAUGCCGGGUACUGAAGUCAUCUUAUUCUCGAGCCUCGGCUGCUAAGUAUUCGGGAUCCAAAAGCCCAGGGCCCUCCCGCCGCAGCAAGUCACCAGCCUCAGUGAACGGAACUCCCAGCAGCCAGCUCUCCACUCCUAAGUCCACGAAGUCCUCUAGUUCAUCUCCAACCAGCCCGGGAAGUUUCAGAGGAUUGAAGAUUUCUGCUCCAGGCAGAUCUUCUUCCAAUGUGAACGGUGGACCUGAACUUGACCGUUGCCUGAGUCCUGAAGGUGUAAAUGGGAACAGGUGCUCUGAGUCAUUCACCCUCCUGGAGAAAUACAGAAUCGGGAAGGUCAUCGGAGAUGGCAACUUUGCGGUAGUUAAAGAGUGUGUGGACAGGUCUACUGGAAAGGAGUUUGCAUUAAAGAUUAUAGACAAAGCCAAAUGCUGUGGAAAGGAACAUCUGAUCGAGAAUGAAGUGUCAAUACUGCGCCGAGUGAAGCACCCCAACAUCAUCAUGCUGGUCGAGGAGAUGGAGACGGCGACUGAGCUCUUCCUGGUGAUGGAGCUGGUCAAAGGUGGAGAUCUCUUUGAUGCAAUUACUUCUUCAACCAAGUACACGGAGAGAGAUGGGAGUGCCAUGGUGUACAACCUAGCCAACGCCCUCAGAUAUCUGCAUGGCCUCAGCAUUGUACACAGAGAUAUCAAGCCCGAGAAUCUUCUGGUGUGCGAAUAUCCGGAUGGAACCAAGUCUUUGAAGCUGGGAGACUUCGGGCUGGCUACAGUGGUUGAAGGCCCUUUGUACACCGUCUGUGGUACCCCGACCUACGUGGCACCAGAAAUCAUUGCAGAAACAGGUUAUGGCCUGAAGGUGGAUGUUUGGGCAGCUGGUGUGAUUACAUACAUCCUUCUCUGUGGAUUCCCACCAUUCCGGAGUGAGAACAAUCUCCAGGAAGACCUCUUUGACCAGAUCUUGGCUGGGAAGCUGGAGUUUCCAGCCCCCUACUGGGACAACAUUACAGAUUCUGCCAAGGAAUUAAUCAGUCAAAUGCUUCAGGUAAACGUUGAAGCUCGCUGUACUGCGGGGGAGAUUCUGAGUCACCCCUGGGUGUCCGAUGACGCAUCCCAGGAGAAUAAUAUGCAGGCUGAGGUUACAGGUAAACUCAAACGGCACUUUAAUAACGCGCUCCCCAAACAGAACAGCACCGCCACCGGGGUCUCCGUUAUCAUGUUUGAUUUGACAGUUUGAGAGGCACCUCACACAGAGAGUCCCGCUCUUUCCCCAGUUGAGACAUGGGAAAUCCCGAAGCAGACCCUGGUAUUCAACAUACUGUGUUUGUGGGAGCCCCCCCCCCAAUUCUCAGCCCCUCUUCCAACUGCAUGCUUGUCUCAGACUUCUGACCCUCGGCUUCCUGCUGGUAUGGGUCUUCUGAACCACUGACCUCCUUCUGGCCAGCCCAGCACAGCCCAGCCCAGCACACCUUUGGGGAGCUUCGUGUUAGACCUCUCAGCUUGUCAGCCUGCUUUCCUGCUCAGAGCGGGCUUCCAGCUGUCCUGUGCCCUGCUCCUGUCCACAUAGGUGACAGUCCUGUGCCCUGUUCCUGUUUAUAUAGGUGACAGUCCUGUGCCCUGCUCCUGUUUAUAUAGGUGACGACAGUCCUGUGCCCUGCUCCUGCCCACAUAGGUGACAGUCCUGUGCCCUGCUCCUGCCCACAUAGGUGACAGUUCUGUCCCCUGCUCCUGUUUAUAUAGGUGACAGUCCUGUGCCCUGCUCCUGUCCACAUAGGUGACAGUCCUGUGCCCUGCUCCUGUCCACAUAGGUGACAGUCCUGUGCCCUGUUCCUGUCCACAUAGGUGACAGUUCUGUGCCCUGCUCCCAUUUACAUAGGUCAAGGGCAUCUUUCUGGAAAUGACAGCAGGCGAUGAGUGUCUUUGUGAGGUUUUUGUGCUUUGUCAAGAGCUGCUGUGUUUAUCAGUAAGACAACGUGUGUCAGGCGGUCUCUAGGAAAAGGACGUGAUCACAUUGGAGAGAGUUUCAGAGAGGCCGAUGGUCUUUGUCACACUCUGCCUCUCCCUGACAGUCCUCAGCAUGCAGAUGAAGGAGAGUGUAUUUGGGAGGUGGCUUCUUUGUCCCAGUGAGGCACAAAGCCUCGGCGACCGGAGGGGCCAUCUUGUGGCCGAGAAGGGAAAGACAAGGCAGCUCCUUCCCUGGUCUGGCCGAGGAGGAAUGUCGCCAGAUGUACAUUCUUUCCACCCCAGGGGGCGCUCUGCUGACUUGUAGGGGGUGAUGGUGGUGAUUCGGGGUUACUGUUUGGAUCGUGUUGCUUCUGUUGAAAGUAAGUCCGGUUUCUGUCCCCGCUUCUCUCCCUUCCUGCCUCUCUGCCGCUGCCUUGCUUCCCCUGACUAGGUCCAAGGCCAUGGUAUGUACUAACCGCACCGCCAGCUUCCGUCUGCCAUGCACGCUCAUGUUCUCGGGGCCAGAAGCGAAGAGGGGGAAUAGUUAGGGUGUGUGGCUUUCUUCUACCCCGGAGAAAGUCUGUUAGAAGUACGUGCUGCCUGUCUCGUGGGGGUCAGGGGGGCAGAGUGGCCGGCCCGGUCCCAGCAGCUCGGGAGCUAAGUUUCAGGCCAGGCUUCACCCACGCACCCCAGUUGACUGAAGCUGGCCUCUGAAGGCCACGAGCGCUCAGCUUGAGGUUGGCAGGAGCCGUGGGGGACGCGACCCACGCUGCCUGUCUUGAGAAGCCUCGAUACCUGUUCUUUCUCCAUCCCUUUUUUAUUUUUAAAUCUGUGUGAUUGUAGUGGACGAAUCAAUGGGACCACUCCCCUGCCUUGGGAGUUAGACUGCAGAAUGCCUCCCGGUCCCUUCAUCUUAGAAGAUGGUACCCAAGACCCACAGUCUCUCCACCUUUAGGAAACCCAGUGAAGCGGCUGUUGCUGGCUCCCAGAGCACCCGGGCUCCAGUGAGGCAGAGGAGACUCCAUGCCUGGGGCCCCCCAGGAUGGUUGAGAAGGAAGCCCUUGAGGGGUUGAGUAGAUGGAUAAUGCAGGGGUCCAGCAGGUGCAGGCUCUCUCACAGGGAGAGGGGCAGGCAAAGAUACCAUGGAGAGUCCAUGUGGCUGCACCCCAGUGGAUUCCUGGGCAUAUCACAGAUGCCCUUCGGCUGUAAGGGCAUUGUUUCUUUCUGACAUGUAAGGGCCGCCUAUCUGUGACAAGAACUUUCUUUAGAUAAGUGUACUAGUGUACUAGAGCAGCUGGCAGAGGCUGCCUGUCGUCCAGCACUCGUGGGUGUGGGCGUGGGCCAGACACUCAGAACUCAGGUGCAGCUCACCCCAGAUUCGCUCAGGCCGCCUUGUGCGGGCCAGCCGCGUUUCCCGCCACUCCCCCCCCCCCCCCAGCUCCCAGCCCAGGCUGUGAUGAGGGCAGAGGCAAAGGGCAGCUGCUGGGAUGGGGUGGGGGUUGGGGGGAGUGGGGCUCAGUUCCCUUUAGACGUCCCUCCGCUGGAGGCCUGGUGUAUUUCUCCUCUUCCGUUUCUGUGUCCUGUGCAUGCAUGCUGUGUCCUGCUUUCUGGUCCUGGGAGUGGGAUGGAGCCAGGCCUGGAUAAUGUGGUGUCUCUGCCGCUCUCUCCCCAGAACACGGCUCUAGAUAAAGAGGGGCAGAUUUUCUGCGGCAAGCACUGUCAAGACAGCAGCAAACCCGCCAGGGAGCGGACCUCGCCAGCCCCU